AUGACUGGCAGAGGUAAAGGAGGAAAGGGUCUGGGGAAAGGAGGUGCCAAGCGGCACCGUAAAGUCCUCCGAGAUAAUAUUCAGGGGAUCACGAAGCCGGCUAUCCGCCGCCUGGCUCGGAGAGGUGGCGUUAAACGCAUCUCUGGCCUCAUUUACGAGGAAAUGCGAGGUGUACUGAAAGUUUUCUUGGAGAACGUCAUCAGGGAUUCGGUCACCUACACAGAACAUGCCAAGCGCAGGACUAUCACGGCCCUGGAUGUGGUCUACGCGCUGAAACGUCAGGGGCGAACCCUUUAUGGUUUCGGCGGUUGA